AUGUCCUCCACGAACGAGGAGGACCCCUUCCUUGAGGUCCAACAGGACGUCCUAGCCCAACUCCAAUCCACCCGCUCCCUCUUCACUUCCUACCUGCGCAUCCGCUCUCUCUUCAGCUCGUCCUCCUCAUCCACCGACUCCCCCGAGCUAAUCUCAGCCCGCUCCGAUCUCGAAUCCGCCCUUUCCUCCCUCGCCGAAGACCUCGCCGACCUCGUCGAGUCCGUCAACGCCGUCGAGCGCGAUCCCACGCAAUAUGGCCUGUCAGCGCACGAAGUGAACCGGCGCAAGCGCCUAGUGCAGGAUGUCGGGGCCGAGGUGGAGAACAUGCGGCAGGAGCUUGCCUCAAAAGCCGUAUCCAAAAACAACACAAAAGACCAAUUACCAGACCCAUCCUCCUUCGCCAUCGCCGACGGCGAAAAUGGUUCUGGAGAACAGGAUGACGACUACGCAGCCGAAUUCGAGCACCAGCAACAGCUGCAGAUGAUGCGCGAGCAGGACCAGCAUCUGGACGGGGUGUUCCAGACGGUCGGCGUGCUAAGGAGGCAGGCGGACGACAUGGGCCGCGAGCUGGAGGAGCAGAGGGAGAUGUUGGAGGUGGCGGACGAUUUGGCGGAUCGCGUCGGGGGGAGGUUGCAGACGGGGAUGCAGAAGUUGCAGUAUGUGAUGAGGCACAACGAGGAUGCGCUGAGCAGCUGUUGUAUUGCCGUGUUGAUCUUUGUGCUGAUUAUGUUGUUGGUUUUGUUGUUGAUUCUGUGA